CAGAGUAUCGCACAGCAGUUUUGCGAUGGGUCGUUGCCAUGUGGUACUCGGCCUUGUCCUGGCAUGGGUGCCAGCGAUCGCUGAGCCAAAGAUCUCGGUAGUUACAGCAUUGCUUCCAGCACGCGGUCCAGGCCGUGCCAAUGGCACCAUUGGUGCAGGCGCACGCUUACGGGUGGAGGCAUCAGGGGGCUGCUUCCGAUGGGUGUCCCAGAGGCCGGACCUGGUAGCGGUGGAGGAGCCUUUGCACGAGGAGCUGCCGCCCCGGCGCCCCGCGGAGGCCCAGGCGGAGGCGGCGUGCCAGGAGGCCUGCUUACACGCUGGCCGGCAGUUUUUGUUGCCCGACGAGACGACCCCAGCGGACGAUGGUUGCCAGCCGGUUGCGAUUAUCCGAAGCCUUGCAGAGAGUGUCGACAACGUGGAGAAGGUCCUUGUUCUAGCGCAAGAUAUCAAUUCUCCGGGGGUCGAGCUCAGAUGCGAGGUGUACAUUGCAAGUAUCGAACGAAUAGAGGUGGAGACAUCAGUCCGCAGAAUAAAUGUGGAUGAUGUGGAGACUCUGGGAGUGAAGGCUUACGACAAGCAGGGCAAUGUCUUCUCAUCCCUGGAAGGUUUGCAGUUCCGGUGGCGCAUCGGGGACUCCUCGGUGCUGAAGAGCCCCAAGUUGGUGGACUCGGCCUUCAAGCUGAGCCCCGUGCGGCGCUUCCUGGCCGAGGCAGGUGUACAGCCCGACACUGUGCUGUUGCAGGGCAUUUCCACUGGAAGGACAACAGUCGGUGCAAAUCUGACCAUUGACAAGAAGCCCAUCGUGUCCCCUGAAGUGCUGCUAACAGUCCUGGAAAACAUCGUAGUUAUCCCAUCUUUACUACUCGCACCUCCCAUGGCUCAUUUGCAGCUUCAGCUGAAAGUGCUCCGCGGCCCACGCCGACCAUUGGAGGAGUUUCCUCCCGUUCAGCUACCCGUGGAGCACUUCCGGUGGCAUGUGCAGCCAGUAGAAGGCGGUGAAGAUGUGCUUUAUGUUCAGCCAGAGAUGGGUCGAGUGGUUACUCAGCGGCUGGGCUCCGGACGCGUACUUGCCGUGGAUGGAAGAAUCGAGAACAACACUGCCGCCUCGGUUAUUCAUGUGUCCCAGCCAGCUUCGCUUCGCUUUUGGACGCAACCAUUGUGGCAUGGGGCUGGUGUUCCUACGAUCGGCUCCACACCAGGUUGGCUCGGAAGCGUUGAGAGUGGUUGGGAGGAAGAGGAGUUGCAUGUGCUGCGCUCUGCUACUUCCGGGGUGUCCUCAGCUGAGCCAGUGCUGCAGCUGGUGCAGGGAAGGACAUACGCCUUGAAGCUAGAGCUUUUGGACAAGAACUCGCAGCUAAUGCAAAUCCCCUUGAAUCUUCGAGCUGGCGCGCGCUGCGAGGCAGCUGGCGCUGAUCCGCAGCUGCAGUUGCUGCAUCAGGCGUCCAACUCGGCGGUGUUCAUCUUCAGAGCGGUCGAGCUCGGCGAGGGCCACAUCAUCAUCAAGAACCUCACCCUCCAAGCGGAUGACCAGGACAAGGCCCGGGGACGGAAGAGCCUGGCCCUGAAGCUGAUGGCCAAACAGGCCUUCGUGGUAGCACCUCAGCUUCGACCUGUUGUGCCUGUGGAGGGGCCAAUGCUGCUACCCAGGUGGCAUUCCUACUUGCUUCAAGUUGUAGGAGGCAGUGGUCGACAGGUCUUUGCUGUCCAUUCGCAGCCGGCAAAAGCCAUCAGCGUGUCACCAAAUGGCCGUGUGCAGGCCUUUGGACAGCUGGCCACUGGUGAGCUUUCAGUCCACGACGAGAGGAAUCCUCAGAACAACCUCUCGCUGCCUGUGUUGGUGCGGAGAGCUGGGCGAUUGCUGCUGCAGCCGCGUUACUUGCAGAUUCUGCUACCACGUGCAGUGACCAAAGCUCACGAGGAGCCCGUGUGGGUGAGGGCUCGGCCAGAGGAUGAUGAGGAUGCGGAUGUGUGUGAAGCAAUGUGCCGGCUGCUUCGAAACUUGACGUUUUGGAACUGCUCCGCGCUGUUCUCAACAGACCGCCUUGUGGCUGAAGUCUCCAAUCGCUCGGUGGCCUCAGUUUCCACAAACGCCUCCAGCAGAUUUGCCACCUGCGCCCUCAUUUUCGCCAGGCCUUUGGCGGUGGGGCGUUUCCAGCUCUCAGCCCGAGCGCAGGAGGCCGACGCAGUGGAGCCGCUGCCUGUCGCCCCUCUGCCCUUCGAGGUGUACAAGCCAGUGGAGUGGCAGCUUUUGGAUGUCAAAGAUCUCGGCCGCGGUGCGGAAGAGGCUUUAGCUGCAGCCCGACUUGACCAGUCCGCAGCUUUGGUCGUGGCUCCAUGCUCCUCCAUUCGACUGCGCUUGUCUGGGGGCCCGCGGAGCAUGAACGUUCCAGGUCAUCAUUCCUGGAAUCUUACAGUGGGCCCUCACAUCAGCGUGCAGCGCCUGUCCGAGCGGAGCUUCCAGGUGACCUGCAUGCAAGUCACAUCAGGACCUGUGCAGCUGACUGGCGAAGUCAGGCAUGCGCCCAAGGACAAGUUGCACGGCGAGGUCUUUGUUGACAAGCUGACACUGUGGAUGCGAUGCUCCGUUCCCGCCCGAGUUCAGGCUGUAGCUGAGCUGAACGAGACGGAGCCAGAAGGCAUUCUUGACAAGGAUCCAAAGCUGGCCUUGGGAGUGCAGCGUGGGCGCAACACCCCAUUCCGGGCGCGCUUUGUCGAUGCCUUUGGAAGGACCAUCCUGAAUGCCUCGGAAUAUUGGCUGCGCUGGUCUCUGACCCCGACGUCCAAGGAAGGCCUCUUUUUCCAGAAGGCAUGGCUCAAUGUGAACAAGAAGGAGCCCUUUGCCUCUAUCGCGGUCCCAAGCGAUGCCACGGUGGGGGCUACUGCCACGCUGAGACUCGAGGUCUCCUUGCCGCCCUCGAGCCUCUGCGUGUCGGCCGCCACGCUGGCCGCCCUUCCGCUGCCCAGCAGCGAUGAGCUGCCGCUGGUGGUGGCCCGAAAACUCGAAUUGAGAUGGCCCGGACAUCCGCAUAGAGCGCGCUUCGCCAUGUUCCGAAAUUUGUCCAUUGUCCUUGAAGCUGGAUUUGGCACGGGACGAGCUCAGCUGGAGAUUUUAUCUGGCCACGACAUCCUCGAGGUCCUAGAACCGCAGCAAAUCUGCGGAGAGCCUGGUUUUGUCGAGCCCUGCGUGCCAGCGAAGGCCCCAGCGCUGAAAAGGAGCAAGGGAGUUGGUUUCUGCCUGGCAGAGCCGAUGCCCGAGGCUUUGUGGGUGGGAUCGCCCUGCAAUGCGACCCGAUCACCUCAUGUCCAACGGUGGUUUUUGCUGCCCACUGCACAAGGCACUGCCUCUUUGGCCCUAUGGGAUCCAGACCUGCUGGGAGCACGCCCGCAGCCGCUGGAAGUGACCUUGCGCAUGGCGAAGCAGCUGGACGUGGGGCUUUUGGAUGAGGAGACCCCUGCAGAUGGCAGCGCCGUGCUGGUGGUGCGUGGCCAGCACCGACCGCUUCGUGUGGACGUGCGAGAUGCUGAGGGUCAGGCGCUGGGCGUGGUGAACUGGGAACCGCUGAAGCUGAAGUUGAGGAGCAGCGACCCAGGAGCAUUCGAGGUCAAGCGAAGUCCGACCAGAUGCGGCGAGUACGAGUGUGUUUGCCACACACCCGGAGUCUACCGACUCUCCGCUGAAAUGCAGGACUACCCCAAUGGCACCAUCUACUCUCGCAUCCUUCCUGUACAAUGUUUGCCAUCGUUCGAUGUCGUGCUGAAGAGGAUCGUAGUGAUGCCUGGUCAAGCCUUCGAUCUGGCAUUUUCCGGGGGACCUCCGAGAUUCAAUGACCGGACCUUCUUUGACUACGUGUCAAGUUCCCCUCAGGUUGCUAGCAUCGACGAGGAUGUGGGCCUGGUUACGGCCCUCUCUCCUGGGGAGGCGGAUGUCUACGUGCGCCUGCACGAUCGGAGCAGUGGCCGCGAAAUCGCCCGCGCAGGAGCGCACGUCACAGUCACCGUGCCGAACAGCGCCUCCAUCGGGGGGAUUCACUCCCUGGCAGGAGCUGAGCCGGGCCUGGAGCCGGCGCCGGCCUUGCUGAAGGGCUCGGAGGCGUUGCGGCUGAGAGCGCGGCUGUGGUCUGGAAGCUUGGAGCUGACGCCCUUGCUCCUGGGGUUAGCAGCCAGCAAGGCAGCUCCAGCUACCAUGGACGAGAGGAGCAGACGAGUGCUCAACACCGCUUUGGACAUGGGCGAGACAGUGGUGGAGGCGACUGAGGCUGCCACCCAAGCAGCGCUACAUCAAGCGCUCUCAGAAGGUUUAGUCCACAGCGAGGCCUCCAACGCGGCGGCGGCGUUUGGUGUGAGCUGUGACUACCACUGGACUGCUGACCCGUCUGUGGUGCUGGAGCCGGUGGGAUCUGGAGUCCUGGCGGUGGACCUGCGUUCCGCGGACGGCCCGCAGCAGGUGGAGGUGGCCGUCGUGGCGUCCUGCCCGUUGGGCCGUGGAAGGGAGACCGUGCAGCUGCAGGCCAAAGCAACACUGCCUGUACUGCCAUCUUUACAGCUAUGGUCUCCAUUAGGCGUGCCAUGUCCUGGCGCCUCUCGCAUUCUCGUCCCGCUGCACGGCCGGGUGCCGCUGGCCUUCAGCAUGCCACGAUCGCAGCUCAAGGUUGACAUCUUGGGGGGGUCGGCUGUGCAGCUGCUGGAAGCCGAAGACGUGGUGGAGCUGGAAGCAGGGCUGAGCGAAGGAGAGUCCGCUUUGCAGGUUCAGGCAUUUGCGGCCCCGCAGCAUAUCUUGACACUGCAAGUUGCAGUGUCAGCGCGGAAAGCCUUUGCUGCACGAAUAGAUGCUAUCCCACCAAGGCUUCCACUGAGUGCGAGUGCUUGGUGCCCCCUGUACCUGGUCGAUGCAACCGGGCAGACGCUGACAAUUGCAAGCAAUUUUCAGGUGGAGCCAAGCUCCAGUCUCACUUCAGUCGCAACAGCAGAGGUGCAAGCAAUAGCAGGUGGCGCAGCGCUGCAUAUACGUGCUAUCGGGGAGGGCUGCACGAUGCUGAGUGUGACUGUGCAGCUGCCGGACGAGAGGCGGCUGCCCUCAGACAUCGCGGAGCUGUGCGUGGUGCGAGGUGCUUUAGUUGGCCAUGGCCCGCUGCUCUUGCAGCCCGGUGCGCGCCUGAACCUGGAUGCAGAGGAGCUGGCGCAACUUCGAGGCUUCGGAGCACGGCGUCCGCCCAUUGCAUUCUCGCUGCGACUGCAGCGUCUUCCGUCAAACACCAGGUCGCUGGAGGAGGCUGCUGCACAAGUCUCGCGAGACGUCGCAGCGGCACUGGCUGAAGGUUGGCCUCGUGGUGAACUGGGCGCACAUCCAGACGCUCCAGAGGUGCGAAUGGUGGCAGCUCGCUGGGUGCAGGCGACCAGCGCAGAUGCAGUGCCAUCACUGGGAGUGGAGGUGGAUUUGGAGGUCAUUGCUAGAGAGCUGGCCAAGGCAGCCGGUCGCAGCGGGGAACUGGGAUUGCUCGACUUGGCGGAGGUUAUGCAGGGUAACUUCUCCACAGAGACGUUGCGCCUUCUGGACCUUUCAUGGGGUAUGCGUGGCAUCGCCAGCGAGGCAAUCCACGCGCAGGAUCGCCGGUGUCAAGGAUGUUGCGUGCCACUAGCUCAGUGCCGUUCAUGCUGCGAUCGAGCCCUUCGCCUUUGUGGCGAUAAGGCGGCUUCUUCCGUUGCUGGAUGGUACUCCACACAUCCUCACCUUUUAGCCGUGGAAGGGCAACGAGUCAGCGCCAUCGCACGAGAGCCAGGACUUGCAACCUUGCACUACUGCGAUGGCGUGGUCUCAGCUGAUAUCCAGGUUCAAAUCGCACGACCUGGUCAGCUCAUGGCCGAGAGCCCUGAGGUUGGGCCGUCAGACCUUCUCUCGCAGAGGAACAUUUCCAACGAGGUCAAUUCUUCAGACCUCCGAGUGAAAUUUCGCGCAUUCCGCGAGGGCGGUGCUCUCGAAGCUGAUGACGAGCUUCGGUCCAGCCCUUUCCUCGCCCAAAACCUGCAGCUGCAAUGUGAGCCGACGGAGGCGGCAAUGCAGGAGUUCUUCAAGUUCAAGGCCAACCGCGACAGUUGCGUGCUGGAGCCAAGACUACCUUCGGGGGCAGCCUUGCACAGGUUGGCUCCCCAGCAGAUUGGCUUGCGGGCGUCCUUGAACGGCAGCUCAAGCAGAGGUGCUACGUUGGAGUGGCCGUUUCUGCCGCGCUUCGUGGUGGUGCAGGCCGAAGCUCCGCUUUCUCCACGGCAGCCGUGUGCCACGCUGACCACCUCUCACCCAAGUGCCACCGUUCUGGUUUGGACCGGAGGUUAUCACAUUGAGGCAAGCCUCGAGGGUCAGAUCAGAAGCUGGAGAAGAGGGAACUUGUCAUUGGAGGUCGCGCCUUCCAGAGAGCCACGGACUUCGAUUCGAAUCACGUGGCACGGGGCAGUGGAGUGGGAUGUGCCUGAGGAGGUGCCGCUGCGCAUCUCGAUGGCGAGCGGCCAGGUCGAGACCUGCCGCGUGCGGAUAGAGCCCAGCCAGGUGCCAUGUUCUCCAGAUGCUGGCGGCUGGUCGCUUCUGGAGAUGCUCUUUAUUCUUUUAGCCAUGGCGGCGCUGCUUUGGCUUUUGCUGAGGAUGUGUGCGCGACCACCGCCACAACAUGGCAUCGGUGAUGCUUUCCAGGGUGUUGGAGCUGGGCCAGUCUUCGGUGGAGAUCCAUUCGGAGGCCCUCAUGCUGUCUCGCCCUUCCGAGCGCUUGGUUGAUGAUCUUUGAUCAAGCGACCCCAACGUUAAACUUAUAGAAACAUGUAUAUUGU